AUGCCAAAAACAUCAAGAUUGAAUAAUGUGGUGGCCAACAGAGAAUACCUAGCUGAAACAAACUAUAAUGUGACUGAAUUGCAACAAGAGGUGGUUACUGCACAUUCUUCUCUAACAAAUGAUCAGCAAGUAGUAUACGAUCAAGUCAUUAGCAGCAUCGAAUGUGGUAAUGGUGAACUAAUAUUUGUUGACGCCCUAGGUGGUACAGGAAAAACAUAUUUAAUAAAUCUUCUUCUAACAAAAGUGCGUAGUCAUGGUGAUAUUGCGUUGGCAGUAGCAUCAUCAGGUAUUGCAGCUACAUUAUUAACCGGAGGAAAAACUGCCCAUUCAACAUUUAAAAUUCCUCUCGAUAUACAGCAGUAUACUCUAAUAUGUAAUAUCUCAAAGCAUUGUUAUUUGGCAUACGUAGUGAAACAAUGUAAACUUAUUGUCUGGGAUGAAAGUACAAUGGCCCAUAAAUGUGGAUUUGAAGCUUUAAAUAGGUCAUUAAAAGAUAUAAGGUUAAACAACGAUAUUAUGGGAGGAAUUACUGUAUUAUUAGCUGGAGAUUUUCGCCAAACCCUUCCAGUUGUGCCAAGAGGAACCAGAGCUGAUGAAGUCAAAGCUUGCAUUAAGUCAUCGAAUCUAUGGCAGCAUACAUUAAAGCUUUCUCUCCAUGAAAAUAUGCGCGUCCAUCUGAGAGGAGAUAACUCUGCAGCACAAUUUUCUGAAAUACUAUUAAAAAUUGGUAACGGAAAUUAUCCUCAGGUUGAAGGUAAACUGAUUAUACCUUUAGAGCUUGGCGUAGUAGUAAAUACAUUGUCUGAGUUAACGGCUAAGAUAUACCCUGAUAUAUGCAAUAUCAGCAAUAUCAACAAAAAAUCAAAUGACUGGUUAUGUGAACGUGCAAUCUUAACACCCAAAAAUGAUAGAGCUGCAGCAAUUAAUGACAAUUUGUUGAAUUUAUUUGAUUCUCCUAAAAUGGAUUAUAACUCAAUAGACUUAGUUAUACAAGCAGAAGAUGCAAUACACUAUCCUGUAGAGUUCCUAAAUUCUUUAAAUCCACCAGAAUUUCCAAAUCAUAAAAUUAUUUUAAAAAUUGGAACUCCUAUUAUGCUGUUACGAAACUUAAACCCUCCAAAACUUUGCAACGGAACACGUUUGCGUGUAAAAGCUCUACAUAAAAAUGUUAUAGAGGCAACCAUUUUAACAGGCUGUGCUAAAGGAGAUACAGUUUUUAUACCACGUAUACAGCUCAAAACAUCCAAUUAUCCAUUAUCAACGACUACAGUUUCCGCUUAA